AACUUCACUAAUAUGGCUUCCAACAAAACACUCAAAAUGCUUUAAAUAUAAAAAUGUUUUUAAUUUCCAUUUUAUUUUUUCUUUUAGGUAUAAGUAGGAUAAAAAGUGAAUCAUUAACGAUCACUAAAUAUUAUAACGACUUUGUAUCUCCUGUAUCAGAAAUCGUCGAGGAAAGGGUAGGAACAACAUUUUCUUUAAUAUGUGAAUUGAUUGUAUCGAACCAAGAAAUCUCUGUAGUGGAUGAUCAUCUAACUUGGGUCAAGGUAGAGAUUUUAUCAAAUCAGUCAAGAAUCCAGAAAGAGUUACCAAAUCAACCUGGUAUUAAUAAAUCAGAAAAACGAUUUGCUCCUCUACAAGAAGAAGACAAGGGACUUUACAUAUGUCUUAGCAAAAAAUUCAAUCUCUCUAUUAAUGUUACAGUGAAACUGAUAGACCACAUUAAAAGGAAUGACCUUAGGCCAAUGAGGGAAACAAUAUUCUGUAAUGAACAGAUGUUCCAAUGUGUUUCAAAUGGUAUUUGUAUCAUCCCUCAUUAUGUUUGUGAUGGACAACCUGACUGUAAAGAUGCAUCAGAUGAAUCUAUAGAAAAUUGUAAAGGGGAACCUUGCAGAGAUAAAAUACCUUGUGAAGGUGGUAGAUGCAUCCCUAGUAGUUGGUGUUGUGAUAGACAUCAUGAUCCAAAUUGCACAGUUACUAACAGGCCAAAAUGUUGUCAAGCACUUAUAGUACAAGAAUCUUAUGAAGAAUUAGAAUAUGGGUUCACAAACGUAAACAAUAAUCAACAUAAUGGAGCUCGAUAUUUGUUCAUAUCAGUCUGUAUAAUCAGCAUCCUGUUUUCUAUUGUAUUGUUGCUACUGAUCGUUUCCAAAGUAGUCAUAUUCGCCAAGAAAAGUGCAUUGCAGCAACAGCGACAUCACAAUCUCUGUGAAAAUAUAGCGUUACGGAAUCAAACGAACGUCAAUAUAAUAAGAGCAGAUUUUGCCCCAAGCGGUAUUUAUACCGUACGUAAUCACUCACGUACUCCUCGAUCGAAUAUAAUCAUAGAUACUUCUGAUGCUAGCGAUCCAUUAUUAUUUGGUACGGGACGUUUCAAUGUCGAUGAAUUUAGGGGAUAUAAUGAUCAACCGCCAUCUUACGUCGAUGUUUUGAGGAAUAAUAGACUUAUCAGUGAACCGCCGCCGCCCUAUACUAGCAGGGAAAUUCUUAAUAUAAACGAAGAAAGGCAGGAAAGAAGAUGAUAAUUCGUGGUAUUGUAGUAAACGGUAUUUUUAUCUAUUUAUAAGUUACAAUAAAAGUAUUGUCAAUAAUUAUAGAUUUGAAAACGUUGUGUUGCUAAUAGUAUUUCUACUAUUUAUUGAUUUUUUUUUCAUUUUAUGUCAUUUCUAUCCACAACAGUACAAUAUCUAUUUUUAUGAAUAUGAAGAUUUUGUGUAUACCUGUUGAGAAUUAACUGGACAGAUAUUAUAAAGGACAUAGAGGACCUUAACAGAUCAACUAUAAUUAAAGUAGCUUAAUAAUUGACAAUAUUCUUUGAUCAUACACGUUUCUAAACUUGAAAAAAAAUUAGUAGGUAUCCUGUCCAGAAUGCAAUCCCUAGUGAUUUGUAAAAUUUCUCAAAUUCCAGCUAUUAUGAAACCUUGAAAUUUCGUAUUUUUGUGUGCUAACAAAGGACUAACCAGCAGUAUUUUUCAAUAUUUCUCUUAUGUUAUGGGGUGGGGAAAAAUAAGCAUCCCCCACUUUAUACUGAACACACUGUUUACACCAACAACGAUAAUUACACUGUCUGACGUGCGUUUCGAUAACCAAGUUAUCGUCUACAGAGACGGAAGGUAAACAGUCAGCGUCAGGAAGUGUUGGUGUAGUAACAGUGUGUACAGUAUGAAUAUCACCAAUGGCUCCAGAAAUUCCAACUUAAUCCCUCACUUUAUUAAACGUUAUUAAAUCUUGCACUGUGUUGAAAUGUAUCCCAUCUGUGGGGCACUUUUGAACAGAAGAUGGGGUACUUUUAAACUACAACAAAUGUAGCAUGGAAAAUUUAUUUUAAUAUCAAGACAUGAAAAAAUUCCAAGAUCUUUUCGUAAAAGAUCAGUCCCUUGUAUCUUUUUUGUUGUUUAUCUUAAUAUUACGAUAUUACUUAGGUUUAGGCUCUAACUGUUUGCCUUUAAUUUGUUUCUUAUCUUAUCUUAGUUAUCCAUAAUCCAUAUUAACCCAAUCUUGUUUUUGAUCGUCUUCUACAACUGUUUUCCAUUCUUUUAUUUUUCUCUGCUUUGGUAAAUGUAUCCGUACUAUCCCAAUCUGUAUCGUUUUAUGAACUAUGUCUUUUCCUUUAUUUUUCUUCAAAAAUUCUUGUCAUUUAUAUUCUCAUUUCUCUAUCCAGUGUUAACAAGAACAUCAUUAAUUUAUUUCAAUCUCUUUGUAUAAUUAUUGAUUACACACGAGUGGCAGCUAUAUAUAGUUAUACUUUUUUAUACAUACUAUUUUUGCAGAUAUAUAUGUUCUUAUGGAAUCUCCUGUAGUUAUUUUUUAUUUACUUUCAAUCUCUUUUUAGAUUCAGUUAUCAAUUUUUCGAUAAUCCCUUUCAGUAUAUUUUUCCAUAUCACCAAACCAAAAACUGUGCAUAUCUAAAUUGGAAUUUUGAAUCACCUGUUUAAUAUAGAAUAAAUGAUGUUAGGAUUGAGAUAAAUAUUUUGCAAAAUGUACUUUUUCCGAAACGAAGGAAAAUAUCUAAAAAACAUAUUUUAGAUAGACAAUUCACUGUUAUACGAGCAUUUCCACUUUCAAAGUUUUCUGAAUAAAUGUUUUACAAUAUUGUUAUAUUUUAAUAAUAUUUUUUAAUUAUGUAAAUAAUUCUAUCAACUUCAAGCAAUAUUGUUAGGUUAUGUAUUAUUUGUAAGGUCUCAAUAUUGAAAGCAAAUUCAACAUCAUUUAGUUAUUUAGUUUGUAAAAUAAUAAACUGGAAAUUUGACACAAUAAAGAGAAUGAAUGAACCAACAAAUUAUAUCCAGAAAAAUGUGAAGAUAAAUUAAGAAAAAUACAAAAAGGAAAACUAUGGAUUGAUAAGAUGGAGGAAAUCGGACAGAAUAAAAAGGGGACAUUGCAUCUCACUUUCACAUUCAAUCAUAUGUUGAUGACAUUCUGGUUAUAAACUACAUUAAUCCUGCAGAUCCAAAGCAGCAGCAGCUACACACCUAAAUAGAGAUCAGUUGAACAUUCUUGAAUAUUUCGCUGAGCAUAAUCUCAAGCUGAAUGCAAAUAAGAUUGAAGUUUUGCUGUUUUAUUCUUAGAGACUUAGAGAAAAUUCGCUACAAAAUUGAAGUUGGGCCGUGGUAUUUGAACAAUUUGGUUUCGGCUAAUUCUAGACGUGGACUUGAAGUUUCAAGACCAUUGAAAGAUACUUGUAUAUAAACAGAUCUAUUCGUAAUUUCAAGAUGAGGAAAAAACUUUAUGAAUCUCUGGUAUUGUCUAUUUUUACCUACUGUAAUGUUGUUUACUCUCCUUGUCUUGACUUGACAUCGAAUAAUAAUAGUGUGCGAUACUUAAGUAAAGAAAGUUUGGCCAAAAUUAAAGAAUUAAGUUGGUUAAAAAUAUCAAAAGUGGCAACCCUUCAUUACAUGUGUUUUCUUAAGAAAGUGUUAGAACAUUCUGUUUAUUUGAAGAAAAGAUGAAACAAAGGGAAAACUUCGGAGGAAAUGAUACUACAGGGAUAGAAAAACAAGAAAAAAUAACAAAGAGUGCCAAUUUGAUGCCUAAAAGUCAGAAGGAGCAUACUAAAACAAAUCAGGAAAAGUUGUAAAAAUGUAUUAAAUAUGGAUAUUAUAUUUUUUUGGAAAAAAUUGAUUAGUCACGUGCAGGAAAAAAUAUUUUUUUCAGAAAAAAUCCAAUAACAGAUGCUAAUACCACUUUGAAAUUGUUUUUUUUUAAUACGAAAUUGAUGUUGAGACCCAGGAUUGUCUGUUUCCAUUUUUGUAAACAAUUUUCCUAUAAAACAUUAGACUGUAAUUACUGAUUAUACUGCACAUGAGAUACUGUUCGAAGACCUGAUAAGAUCAAUAACGAAAUGAUGUGAUUUGUUUCGCUCCAAUCUUGUAUAUCUUGCCGAAAUGUUGGAACACAUAUCUCAAUUACAUAUUUUAUCGAAAGUUAAUUAUUAUUAAAUAAAUGUAUUCUUAGUUUAGACUGAUUAGAUAUCUAAAUUCUAAAAUGUAUACUAAUAAAACAAAAUUUAAGAAAAGGUUAUGUAUAUUAUAAUGUAUUAGAAAAUAUUUUGCGAAAUGUAAAUUCUUCAAUUAACUCUCAACAUUUUAAAUAUUGGAUACUCUUUGAUCCUAAUUGUCAGAAUCUUAAUAGAUCGGUAUCAAUACAAGUCUUUACUUGAUUAAGGAAUUAUUUUCAUAGUAAAUAUGAAAAUAUAUAUAUAUAAUAUAUAUAUAAUAAAAAUAUCUUUAUUCGCAAGGAAUAUAAUGGUCACAACUACAAUGAAACCAAAUAACGGAAUAACGGAACCAUUUUUUUAUAUAUUUUUUAAAAAAGUUACAAUAUUUAAUCAUAUGAAGUUUUAACAAAAUUAAAAACUUAUCACAUAUUCCUCCUACAUGUUGGUAAAAAGUACUGUUCUAUUGUAACUGGACACUAAAAAAUUGGUGAUGUUUGUUGAAGAUUUUACGUUGAUACGCAUAUGUUCUAUAAAAAUUUUUCUAAUACCGUAUAUAUAAUAGUAUAAACUAUACUUAACUGGUCAUUAACUUGGUCUUUUAUUGUCAGACUGUAUUAUUGUUGGUAUUUUUAUGUAGUGCAAACAAAUUUUAAAAAUAAAUCUAUUUUGAUAAAAA